CCUCUAGUGUUGCAAAGGUUCCGCCUGACAAAGAUGUGACUUUCAGGAAAGAAAUGGCGUCCUGUGUCGUGUUUCGUUGGUCCAUGUUUGUUAUAGUUUGGCCCUUGCUUCUCCUCCCUUCGACCCAAGAAGUUCAAGUAAGGGUAAGCUGCCACAAGUAUUUGACGAACUUUGCCCACGUAGCGGCGAACUUCACUUCAUGUGCUAUACAGCAUUCUCGUCCUUUCCGUUUUUGCUGCAGUUGUAAUAAGGCCUAUGUCGCGGUACUUAACAUACACAGGGCUAUUGUAGGUAACGACACUUGUCGCGGUGACUUGGUAAUGGGGGAACAGCAUCAGAUUGUGGAAUCUGCGUAUGAUUUUGUGGUAAAUCUCUGGACAAGCUCUCACUGUCCAGAUUGCUUUCACAAUGAUGUUGAUGGUACACCUGAGUAUGUAAAACCAAAGAUUACUGAAUUUUUUGAAAAGUGGGAAGCUGUAGAGCACUGUUUCUUCAACAAUUCCAGGAACCACACAAUUCCUGUGCCAGUAAAUGGGUCACAUCAAAACAUAUCAGGAGUAUACAGUGUGUGUGAUAACUGUAGAAAGCCAUAUUCUGCCCUGGAGGAAUUCUACAAGAGUAUAACAAAUUCUGAUGAUCUCAAAGUUUGUGCUGAUGUGUCUGCUUCUAUGAAUUAUACACGACAGCACUGGAGCAAAAGUUUUCACUGUGUCAAAAUUUUCCAUGAUCUGGUCUCUGUGGUGGCUCUUACAGUGUUUUUUUGCUUCCUUCCCAUCAUAUUUUACUCUGCUGCUAGACUGCAGGGUGCCUCAGAAGUCAGGAAAACAGAAACUAUGAGAGCUCCUCUGACCUGAAAGUCUGCAACUGAGGGGCAACAUGUCAUCCAGGUUUUGAACAUGUUAAGUGUUCAGAGUUGCUCAAAUGCUGACUUGAUCAAAUGUAAAGAUCAUUGAGGUUGCUUCACUCUUUACAUUCCAGUGGGAAAAUUCCACAUAAGUUAGAGGAAAGAAAUGAGUGUAUUAACUGGAAACUCAUCCAGUUGAAUCUUGAGGAACCUUUGCAAGAACCUUUGUUGGAAAAUAGUGAGAAAACUUAAUUAAUCUUUCAGAGAAGUGGAAAUGAGGAGAAAAGCCCCCUAUCUAAUUGUUGACUCUGAAAAAUAAUUGAAAAUGACUGAUAAAUGAAUUAAAUAACUUCUACAGUAUGCAUUUGCAUGUGCAUGCUACACCUUAAAAACUCACCAAAAUUUCCUCGUAUACAACUCUGAACUCCUCUCUUCUGAUUGGUGUGCUCACAUUUAUGAACGUCAGCAUCUUGCUGCAAAUCUUACUGUUCAGUUUUCUUUGAAAUUGUUGAUUAAAUUGCCUCUGAGAAACUUCAUCUACACUAAAGGAGGUUACCAAUGUUGCAACCUCCAGCAAAAAAUGAGCUUCAAAUUAAUAAAUGUCACAUUUGUUUAAAAAACUGA